ACGUCAUUUUCAUGGAUUGCGUGAAUCAGCAACCCGUUGUUUCAGCAGCACAUUGUUUUCAUUUCGUUACGUUUCAAAUAUAUACACAACAUUUCUUGCGUGUUCUUUUCUUAUCCUGAAUUGAAUUCAACAGAGAAUCAAUGGCGACUUCUUCAGACUCAGAGAAGAAACAGGUUAUGGUGAUCGGCAUCGACGACAGCGAGCACAGCGUCUACGCCAUCAAUUGGACUCUCGACCAUUUCUUCGCCAAGAACCCUUCCUUCAAGCUUGUUCUUGUUCAUGCCAGACCUUCUGCUACUUCCGCUGUUGGCUUCGCUGGCCCAGGAGCUGCUGAGGUUUUGCCUAUUGUCGAUUCCGAUUUGAAAAAGAUUGCUGCUAGAGUUCUUGAAAACGCUAAGCAAAUUUGCAUUAAAAACAAUAUAACUGAUGUCGUAGUGGAAGCGGUGGAAGGUGAUCCUAGAAAUGUUCUUUGCGAAGCCGUGGAGAAGUAUCACGCUUCAGUGUUGGUUGUGGGUAGUCAUGGUUAUGGGGCUCUGAAAAGGGCGGUUUUGGGAAGUGUGAGUGACUAUUGUGCUCAUCAUGCUCACUGCUCUGUGAUGAUCGUGAAGAAGCCAAAAACCAAACACUAAUCUGUAUUUGCUGCGUGUACAUGGUGCAGAAAUAAACAUAAACAUUUCAGCAAAGAGGGUAAAGAAUAAUGUUCUCAGAGAGCUUGUAAAUCUGUUUACUCUGUUGUUGUUUAUAAUUUGUACCUUAGUUGUUCUUUGCUGCAUAAAUAACCAAAGAUGAGACUUGACAAGUUGGUUUGGAGGGAAUGAGUCAUAAUAGCAGUGUUUGUCUAACCUCAUUUCUACAGUAUAUUGAUUUCGAGUGAUAUGAAUGUUAAACUUUUUGAA